CGCCCAGCAGGGGGCGACGUGAGCACUGCCCUUUGGACUCUAAUAGAAGGAAGCGGACUUUGUAAACACGGUUCAACUUUUAGUCGCUGACGUUCAGAAACAGAUGUAAAUUUAUCGUUAUGGUGGCAAUGGAGAGAAGCAAGGAGACAGUUUCAGCUAUUAAAGCUCUGGGCUACCCGAGCGGCUCGUGUUUGUCCCGGUGCAGGUGUGACGAGCUCCCCUGUCCGCUGCUCACCUGGCUGUCUGUGGAGCUCAGGACUCUGUGUCCAGAGCUGCAAGACCCAGAUAGAACAACCAAUGUCCUGUUGGUGAAAGAACUGCGACAUUUACUAUCAAGCAUGAGCUCUCCCCUUGCUGACAUGACAUCCGAUGUGUUGGAACCAUCUGUCCUCAACAAUGUAACUGAGUUUCUUGUGUCAGAGUUGCUAACAGCUCGGAUAAUGAAGCAUAAAGAGUCACAUCCUGAAGAGAAUUUGAAAGAAGAUGAUUCCGCAAGAGAGCAGCGACUGGAGGGGGAUCGAGGUUUUUCUCAGGAAUAUGAGGACACUGAUGCAGCUGAAGCUAGCAGACCAUCAGCAGAGAUGCAGGCAGAGUGGAUUUUACUGCUCCGUUCACUUGGUUUGGGUGCAUCGUCUCAGUUGGAUGAUGUGAAGAGUGAGGUGAAGCUGAGGAUUGAUCAUCUACCAGGUGGAGAAAUGGCUAACCCUCUUCUUAAACCCAUCCUCAGCUCAGAGCAGUGGAGGGAAGUGAAGAAGAUCAAUCAGGUUCUGCUAGAGGACUAUGGGUGUCGGCGACAGAUGAUGAUCAAGCGCUUCCAGGUCACGCUUCAGUCAUUCGCGUGGGGAGAAAAACAAAAGGAGCGCAGUGCUGCUCUGGCCUCAGUGCCUCCUCUUGCAUCCCUUGCUGGAUCGUCCCAAGUAUCUCUGUCUUACCUGCUGGCUGCCAGAGAGGACCAGUCCUUCAUUCACCCAAUCAAAGCUGGAAAAAGCACCCCGGUCUACAAGAUGCUGAUGGGCAGUGUGCCAGACAGAGGAGGGCGGCCGGGGGAGAUUGAGCCUCCAAUGCCGGUGUGGGAAAAGAGACGAGCACAAGGAAACAGAGGAGGAAGAGGUGGUGGACAUCAUCAUAAGCAUAAGAAGAAGGCAAACAAGGAAUAACAUGACUGUUUGAAGGCUUUAUUAUGUAAAAUGUAUUAAUCAUUUGUGUGAAAAUAAACAGAAUGCUGCACGCGACAUAAUUUACAGUUAUGAGUUCAUAUAUAGUUUGUAGUUGUAUGUACAUAUCCGACGGUGUACAUUUCCAAAGUACUGUAAAGCUCAUCAUGGUGCACUGGUCUACAACAUGAUAUUCAUAAAAUACUUUGUUCUUAUUAAAGACAUGAGACUUAGAUUUUAAGUAAUGGCUUUCCAUUUUGUUUAAAAAUAAAUUUAUCAAACAGUUA